AUGGAAGUAGGGGCGAACGUAGCCACUCCAGCAAACCGGCCGCUCUCCGUGCGUGUGUCGUCGACGGAGAAGGGAUGUGCUGACACUUCCACGGAUGAGGACCCUAUGAGCCCUUUCGGGAGAGUCAUGGAGGAGAUGGGUGUCUACAUCGUCCUCGUGAUGGGUCUCGGCACGCCGGUGAACUUGCCCGUCUUCCGCGCCGGCAUCGAAACAGAACUGAUACCUCGUUUCCCACGCUUCCGCAGCAUUCAGGUAAUGGAUGGUUUCAAGGAUGGCAAGCCACGAUGGGUGCAAACAACGGUAAAUGUGGACAACCACAUUGUUGUCCCGAGAAUGGAUACCGCCGCCGUGGCUUCUGACCCCGAAAAGGCCGUGGAGGACUACGUGGCGUCGUUGUCGACACUUCCUAUGGACAAGCGCCGUCCUCUAUGGGAGUUCCACUUCCUCGACUUCCCAACCUCCGAGGCAACCUCCACCACGGUGCUCCGUGUACACCACUCCAUUGGUGACGGCAUGUCGAUCAUGACGCUCCUCAUGGCCUCGUCACGGAGCACGGAUGAUCCGGAGAGGCUGCCGGCUAUGCCACCGCUGCCUAGACGCACAGGCGCGAUCUACAAACAGCGACCACGCCCUUCACUAUCUUCGCUAGGCGACUGCCUGGCAUGGGUUUGGUCAUACUUUGUGUUGGUGUGGCACACGCUAGUGGAUGUCGCGUUGCUUAGUGCGACAUUAUUGUUCUUGAGAGAUCCACCCACGAUGUUCACUCGUCUGCCGGACAAGGGCGAGUCUCCCCGCCGCAAGCGCCUGGUGCACCAGAGCCUUAACCUUGACGACGUUAAGCUCAUCAAGACUGCCAUGAACUGUACGAUCAAUGACGUGCUAGUUGGUGUGGCUUCAAUGGCUCUUUCACAAUAUUACUUUAGGAAGUCCGGUAAUGCUAAAACUAUGAAGAUCCGCUUGCGAUCAAUCCUCCCUGUCAACAUAAGGCCGCUCUCUAGCAGACAAAUAUAUGUUACCAAGGUAGAGACAGGGAAUCAACUUAGCAUCCUCAUGUGUCCAUUUCAUAUAGCCUGGCACGAUGAUCCCCUUGAGUAUGUUCGCAAGGCAAAAAGGUCCAUACACAAGAAAAAGAGCUCUUUAGAAGUCAUUUUCUCACAUGUUGCUAGUAACUUUUUGGUGAAAUACUUUGGUGCAAAGAUAGGAGCUUUUGUCUUCCGCCGCUUUUCCACACGUACAAGCAUAGUCUUAUCAAAUGUCCUUGGGCCUGCUGAACAUAUAACAUUAUGUGGGCACCCAAUCGCCUUCAUGGCAAUCAGCGCGUGCGGACAACCUCAAGUAAAAGCUCUGAUUGUGCACUACCUGAAUUACGGUAGCACCGUGAAGGUAAUUCUAGCUGCUGAUGACACACAAUUCCCAAACUGUCAUGAGCUUUUAGAAGAUUUUGGCAACUCCAUCAGACUCAUUAAGGACGCGGCUGGCCUCAAGACAUUAAAAACGUCGAUCGAGAUCGAAUGA